AUGCCACCCACCCCUCAUCCCCUCGCGACUCUCUCUCAAAUCCUUCACAACCCCUCUUGCUCCGAUGGACUCCCAAAAGAGAUAGAAUCAGACCUUCGUACAGCAGCAUGUAUGUUAAUUCAAGAAGCCGGUAUAAUGCUAGAUCUCCCACAAAGCACAAUAGCUACUGCUCAAGUGCUAUUGCAUCGGUUUUACUACGUCAGUUCCAUGCUUUCCUUCGGGAUUACCGACAUAUCUAUCACCUCACUUUAUCUCUCUUCAAAGUUAUGUGAAACUCCGAUCCGUUUGAGAGACUUGAUCAACGCAUACAUGUUUUUGUUGGCUAGGAUCAAACAUUUGUUGGCUCUUCCUGCUGAUCAACCUUUGGGAUUCUCUUUUGAACCUCCUGGAUUUCACGAUGAGGUGUUUUGGGAUUGGAAAGAUAUCAUCGUUAGUUCUGAGAUGCAAAUUCUCAAACGAUUGGGAUUCAACAUGCAAGUUGAUUUACCUUAUUCUCACGUAAUCAACUAUUGUCGGAUCCUCGAUCUUGUGUUUGAAAAAGACGUAGCACAAUCAUGUUGGUCAAUUUUGAACGAUGCUCUCCUCACACCUUCAUACGUAUAUCAUCCCCCUCACACCCUCGCUUGCGCUAGUAUACUCCUAACCACCCGUCUUCUUCGUAUACCCCUGCCUGACAAUUGGUGGGUACUCUUCGACGCGAAUCACGAAGACAUCUGGCAAUGUUGCGGGACGAUAGCGAAUUUAUGGCGAGAAUGGGGAAUGGAACCUCAUACUGGAUUGAUUCAUGGUGAGCGAAGAGAUAGACGGAAGGUAGAGGAUAAAUGGAGGAGGACUUGGGUUUUGUUAGAGUCUAAGAAGGCGGUGAGGAGAUGGGUGGAAGAGAAUGAUCAGAAUACUUGA